AAGAUAUUUUAGAGAUUUACAAUGGUAUGAGUGACACUGCUACGUUAAAAUGGGUUGAGUUGCUUAAAAAGUUUGAUGACCAUUUUAAAAACAAAACUAACACCGUCGUGAACAGCUACAGAUUUUAUAAUUUACGACAAGAGCCAGAUGAACCGGUUGAACGAUUUGUUUUAAGAUUGAAGAAUGCAGCCAAGACAUGUAACUUUAAAGAAGAAGAUAGAAUGGUAAGAGAUAUGUUAGUGAUAGGUGUGAGUGAGACGGGCAUUAAGGAGAGAUUGUUACGAGAGAAGGAACUGAGUUUGGAUACGGCACUAGAAUUAUGCAAGGCUGCUGAAUACAGCAAGAAAAAUGUAAAAGAGCUGGAAGAAAAAGUACAGUCAGUAAAUAUGGUAAGAGAAAGUUCUCGUUAUAACAAAGAUGUAAAGAAACCGAUUCAUUACAAUUGCAGUUAUUGUGGUAAGAAACAUGAGCCAAGAAAAUGUCCUGCGUAUGGGAGAAGAUGUACUGUGUGCAACAUUUAUAACCACUACGCAGAAAUGUGUAGAUUUAAGAAGAAAGAAGAGAAACCGCAGCAAAAACAAAGAUCCACAAAAAACAAAGUUGAUGGCAUCAGGGAAUCUACAAAUGACAGCGACUGCAGUUCGGAAGACUUUGUAGUAGACUCUGUAAAAGUGUCUUCACAGUACUAGACAUGAAGGAUGGGUUUUUUCAAGUGAGUUUGGAAGAUGAACAAAAACUCUGCACCUUCGGUACUCCCUUCGGAAGGUAUUUUUUCAAGAGAAUGCCAUUUGGCAUUUCUUCGGCUCCAGAGGUAAUGCAAAGAAUAAAUACAGCCAUAUUUAGUGAUAUACAGGGGGUAAAUGUGUAUUAUGAUGACAUAAUUGUCGCGGGGGACAGUUUAGCAGACCAUGAUAAAAUUCUCAGUGAAGUAAUAGAUAGGGCAAGGAAGUUCAAUGUAAAAUUUAAUCCAAACAAAGUUCAGUAUAGAAGUGAUUUUGUUAAAUAUGUAGGGUUGUUAGUCUCAAAAUCAGGAAUUAAACCUGAUCCUGAACAUGUAAAAGCUAUUGUGGACUUGAAUGAACCAAAAAAUGUUAAAGAACUACAAAAGUUUUUAGGUAUGUGUAAUUAUUUAAGUAAGUUUAUACCACAAUACUCCAAAACAACUGAAACACUUAGGGAUCUAUUAAAAAAAGAUGUUUUGUGGGAUUGGGGUACCGCACAAAGUCAAGCUUUUGAAGAAAUAAAAAUGAAAAUUAGUAAAGCCCCAACCUUAGAUAUUUUAAAGAGAGACGGUUUGGUGACUCUACAAACUGACAGUUCAAAAAGUGGCAUGGGAGCUUGUCUUCUUCAAAAUGGUAAACCAAUAUCUUUUUAUUCCAGAUGUUAUACAGAAUGUCAACAAAGAUGGGCUCCCAUCGAAAAAGAACUCUUUGCAGUUUGUCUUGCAAUGGAAAAAUAUCACCAAUUUGUCUACGGACGCAAAAUAGUUGUUGAAACAGACCAUAAGCCUUUAGUGGCGAUAAUGAAUAAAGACAUUAAUAAAAUUUCAGCCAGACUGCAAAGAAUGGUUCUUAAACUUUUAAAAUAUGAAUUUGACAUAAAGUACAUACCUGGUUCUCAAAUGUAUGUUGCUGACUAUUUGUCUAGGCAUUAUAAUUCAACAAAUGGGCAAGUAGAGCCAACACUUAAAGAGUUAGUGCAUAGUGUAGAAACAGAAAAAGUGUAUGGACUAGACAGAGACUUACAAAUAUCAGAUAGUAAAUUAAAAGAAUUGCAAAAUGAAACAAAUAAAGAUGGUAACUUGCAACAAAUAAAGAUGUGGUAUAGUGCAGAAUGGCCAAAAAAUGAUAGAAAUAUUUAUGGUGUGGAAUUAAAAAAGUUGUACAAAUUAAGACAUGAGUUGAUAGUUACAGAUAAUAUUGUAUACUUUGGAAAUAUGGUCCUUGUUCCUAAAGCAUUAAGGAAGGAAAUGUUAGAUAUAAUACACUCAGGGCAUGCAGGUGUAGUAAAGUGUAAAAAGAGAGCUAGGAAAGUACUGUACUGGCCAGGAAUGUCAAGAGAUAUAGAGGAUUAUGUGUUAGCAUGUAGAGUAUGUGAAAAGUACAGGAUGUCAAACUGCAAACAGCCAAUUAUAUCACAUGAGAUUCCUGAUCUUCCUUUUAGUAAAGUAGGUAUGGACAUUGGAUACUAUGCGGGUAAAGACUUUUUAGUGGUUGUAGAUUACUUUUCAAAAUGGAUUGAGGUUGCAAAAUUGAAAAACAAAUCGACCACUAAUAUUAUAGAUGAGUUAAUUAAGAUAUUUAGUACUCUAGGAAUCCCUAGGCAAAUAGUCAGUGACAAUAUGCCAUUUGGUAGUUUUGAAUUCAUACAAUUUGCAAAGAAGCAUGGUAUAGAAUUAGUCAAGUCCAGUCCACAUUAUGCGCAAUCAAAUGGGCUAGCAGAGAAAGCUGUGGGGAUUGUUAAAAAUCUGAUGAAAAAGUGUAAUGAAAGUGGUUCUAAUUUUGAUUUAGCGCUGUUACAUUAUAGAACCACUCCAGUAGCAAAUUUGGAUUACAGCCCAUCAGAGUUGUUAAUGAGCAGAUUAUUAAGAACAAAUUUGCCCUGUUCCAAAGAAGUGUUAAAACCUAAAUUAUGUGUAAAUGUCAAAGAUCAGAUGUUAAUUAAUAAUGAAAAAUCUAGGGACAAUUAUAAUAAAACUUCAAAAGUUAAAAAACCAUUUCAAAGAGGGGAAGAUGUAAUUGUUCAAGAUGUAAAUAGAAGUAAGUGUUGGUAUUCUGGUAAAAUAGUGGAUAAAGCCAGUGGACCUAGAUCAUUCAUUGUUAAAAAUGAUAGGGGUAAUUUAGUUAGGCGCAAUGAAAAACAUAUUCGACAUAGUAGAAAUAAGUUUAUUGUUACAAAUCAGUAUAUGCUGGACUCAUCAGAUGUGAGCCAGGCAGUGCAUGAGAGGGGUAGUCAGGGAAGACAAGAUGCAACGGUGCCACCUGCACUGGAGCCUCAUGCACAUGUUCCUCUUCCACCGGUGCCAAAUGUACCUGCACCUAACCUAGAGCCAUUAGAUUUGCCAGUAGUUACAAGGACGGGAAGGUUGGUGAGGAAACCUGCCUACUUGGGCGAAUUUGAUUUAAGUUAAAAUAACUUCUAGUGGCUCGAGAGCUUUUGUAAUUAGCAGUAUGUAUGUAUAAGCAGUCAAUAAAAUUAGCAUAAGGGGGGGAUGUGACAUAUGU